AUGUACGAUUCCUAUGUUUUUGAAGAGGAUAAACUCGGCAUGAUGGUUACAAGCGGUUCAAUUACUCUAAAGAAAGAUCCCCAAAACUUGGUUGGGAUCAGCAUUGGUGGUGGUGCUCCAUACUGUCCGUGUCUUUACGUCGUCCAAGUGUUCGACAAUACACCUGCUUCUCGUGAUGGCACGAUUCAAGCUGGGGACGAAAUAACCGGUGUUGGUGGAGUUCGCGUCAAGGGCAAAGGCAAAGUCGAGGUUGCUCGUCUCAUUCAAAGCUUCCCUGAUUCAGUUACCAUCUAUUUCAAUAAGCUCCACGCCGACCCAAAACAAGGCAAAACUUUGGAUAUUGUUUUGAAGAAGCUGAAGCACAAAAUGGUGGAGAAUAUGGAGGCCAGUACAGCCGAUGCUUUGGGUUUGAGUAGGGCUAUCCUUGUCAACGACAGCCUGGUGAAGAAGAUGGAUGAAUUGAAUCGCACAGCUUCGAUGUUUAACGGUUUGGUUCAGCACACGCGCUCCCUCGUUCGGGCUAUCUUUCAAUUGUCCAAAGUUCAUAGAACAUUCGGGGAAAUCAUGUCUCAAAUCGGUGUUAAGGAGCCGCAAGUUCGCGCCGGUCAGGCCUUCACCCAUUUCGGGGAGGCUCAUCGAGAACUGGAGAAAUUCGCCAUCGAUACACUUAAGCAAUUGCAGCCGAUUGUCUCAGACUUGAACACAUUCCUCACCAAAGCCAUUCCAGAUACCAAGCUCACUGUGAAGCGCUAUUUGGACGUGAAAUUCGAGUACUUGUCGUACUGCUUGAAAGUGAAGGAGAUGGAUGAUGAGGAGUAUACCUUCAACGCACUGCAGGAGCCGCUCUACCGCGUGGAGACGGGCAACUACGAGUAUCGUCUAAUUCUGCGCUGUCGACAGGAUGCGAGGUCGCGAUUUGCCAAACUGCGCAGCGAUGUCCUCGUCAAACUCGAGCUUCUUGAUAAUAAACACGUGCAAGACACGGUGAUUCAACUGCAACGUUUUGUCUCCGCAAUGGCCACUUAUCACGAGAACUGCUACGAAGUGAUGAAGGGCGCAACUAUCUUUCCGCUGGAAAUGGACCUUUCUCGAGACGCCUUCGCGUAUAAGUCAGAGCUUAUCAACACCGGUGAAAUUGAGGAUGAUGAUGAUGACGAUGAAAUCGACGUCUCCAAUGACAACGACGUUGACGUUGAGGCUCUUGCUGACUUGGUAUCAACUGAGAGCAAUCUAGUCAACGUUAGUUUAGCUGAGAACGUGGACACGUUGCUGGAUCUUGGAGAGAGUGCUGAGAAGACCCCAAAGCCUCACGUAGAGCAGAAGGAUGUGUUUGACUUGAUAUCAAUCGAAUAG